AUGGCUCCGGGGCACGGGACCCUCCUCACAGCGGGGGGGCUGCUGCUGCUGCUGAUGGCUGUUCUCGUCGUCCCGUCGGUGUCCGGCUGCAACCGAGGUUUCUACGAGUGGAUGAUCAAUGAUUUGUGUUUCACCAAGUUCGAGUUGGACAUGGGAGGAGUGGAGCGGAGCCGCUGGUGCAGCUGGCCCGACACCACGGAGAUGUACGAGGCGCUGACCAACUGCAGCUACCAGGUGGCGCUGAGGAUGGAUUGCUAUUGGCCCAAUCAGGUGGUCGACCGCUUCUUCGUGCGCGUCCAUCAGAUCUACUUCCUGGACUGCGCCCUCACCGGCCGACUCCUGCACGACCCCCCCGUCGCUAUCCUCGGGCCCUUCAUCGGCGUGCCCGUCCUGGUCACGCUGCUCAUGACCGCCCUGGUGGUGUGGAGGAGUAAACGCACCGAGGGGGUGCUGUGA